GGCGAGAUGAGGCUCUCACUUCAUGUCAUUAAGGUUAAUACCGAGUAGAGUCUUCUCGUUUCUCCCCCAAGCCUUACGUUUCUUCUGCAUCACCAAAUUUGUCCAUCGCAUAUUCAACAUGACCUCCGAAGUCGUCUCGCAAGCCUCCGGCACCACAGAAAGUGCGUGGAAAUCACUCGUCGAGCGAAGCAUCAACGAAUGGAAUGCGCCUAGUGGGAAUAUGCACGACUUCGCGAAAGGCUUCUUGCAGUCUUACACAAGCUUGGAUGGUUUCCUCCGCAGUCCGAGGGAACUACCACUCUUCUGGUUCUUCCAAAGAAGAGAAGCCUUUCUCUCGCAAAAGACAUUCACUAAAUGGGAUAGAAAUCGCCUCGAUGACUAUGUUCUUCUGCCAGCCCUGAAAAACUUCGUCAUGCGGUCAGAGUGUUUCUUUGUUAGCCACUUUUGGACUACAGGCGACGACCCAGACCCCAGCGGCGACAACCUGCGUCUUCACCAGAUGGAGCUCGGGCUUCAGAGCUGGUCGCACAUCUGGGUCGAUUGGAGUUGUCUACCUCAGUAUCCUCGGACUGAGGUAGAAGAGGCAUAUUUCCUGCGAGGGCUCGAGACGAUGCCCGGUAUCAUUCGCAACUGCGGGUUUAUAUGGUUCUACCCGUCAUUCCAACCGCGACUAUGGAUUCUGUAUGAAAUCACCGAGUACACCCUCACGUGUGACAACGGAAUUGAAGAGACUGAAGACAACAAGGAGUUUGUGAAGCACAUCCGAGAAAUGGAGGAAACGGGAGUUCGAUCGGUGCUCAGCAAGUAUGGAUACAGAUGUAGCGAUGAUCGGGACAAAGAUUACUUGACUUCUUGUCUGGAAAUUCUCUGUUAUCUGAGACGGUUUGGAAUUGACAUUGUGGAGGUUAGAAGACUAAUGUCUGACAUUUUGUGGUUCUCUUUCACGCCAGAUAUGAUGUACCAGUCUCACCUUGGACUUGUGCAGAUUUGGAGGUUCGAGGGGGCGCUUGAGUUUCAAGGGAAGCGUUAUGAGUUCACGCCGUACCCAAGAUGGGGAGAGGGCAAAUACUCCGCCAAUGCAAGAUAUUGGAAAAACUUCGAACUUUAGGGAAGGUCUGCGUGAUAACAAGAAUGGCAAGAUAACGGGAAAGAAGCACCAAGUGCGCGUAGUGCGAUCUGAUAUCAAACAGUCCAGGGCUUGGGAUUGGACGUGCGGAAUUCUUGUAAUUUCUUUAUUUUUUUGAGCGUCU